AUGCCUAGGAUCCACGAACUUCGGCGAGGCGUGGAGACCGUGUUCAACAUACUGGACACUUACUACGAGGGCAGGAUCGGCAAUUUCAUCGAUACUGCCAACAACUACCAGAACGAGGAAUCCGAGACUUGGGUCGGCGAGUGCAUGGAAGCAGCGUGGAAAUCGAGACGAGAUCGUCCUCGCCACCAGAUUCUCCACCUGUAUUUGCAUUGGUGGGAUUUCGCAACUCUCAACGAGGAGGUCAUGCAAUCGCUGAACCCGCUUGUGGUCGCCGGCAAGGUGUUGUAUUUGGGUGUGAGCGGCACUCACGGCUGGGGUUGUCAUACCACCAUCACUGGACUUGCGCUGGCGUACGAUAUUCUACAAAAGGCUUCCUUCACCUUUUCCAUUGUCGGCUGCCGCCAGGUGGAACACCUAGAGUCGAACAUCAAAGCCCUGAAGGUUUCCCUGGACGAGCACGACAGUCGGCAGAUCGAAUCGAUCACGCCGUUUGAUCUGGGAUUCCCCAUAGACUUCCUGUUCUUGCCCCACGAGACUGGCCCUGCGAACCUGCACAUGAUGAAUAUGGCUGCUCACCUUGAUAAUGUUCAGGCUCCCGAAGCUAUUCGUCCUAAGCUGGAUUGA